AUGACCACUGGCUUGUUUUUCGUAGUUUUCUCUGUCUGCGUUGUCCUAACGAUCCCAGGAACAGCUGAAAACGACCGUCAUCACCAACCUGGUGACUUCACACUAGGUGGUCUCUUCCUCUUACGAUACACGAGUGAAGACGGAAGAUGCGGGAAUGUUUAUCCGACAGGUUUUGCUCAUGUAGAAGCAAUGAUAUACGCUAUUGAUAAAAUCAACGCAAAUCGAAGCUUGCUUCCGAAUACAACUUUAGGUUACGACAUCAGGGCUUACUGCACAAACAAUGAAAAUCUAAUGGAACAAGCUUACGCUUUCGUCCGAAGAAAUGAAAUUGAACCUACACCAGUGGUGGCGGUUAUUGGCCCUUCAGAUUCAGGUACAGCAGUUUUAGUGGCAAGCCUAAUGCAGGUAGCUAGAAUUCCACUCAUCAGUCACUCAGCGACCAGCAGCGAGUUGAGUUCGCCACAAUACCGUCAUUUCUUUCGCACAGCCUCUCUGGAUGGACAACAGGCAAGUGCAAUGGCUGACAUCAUAGAGCGCUUCAACUGGAGCUAUGUGGCUGCUGUGGCAAUGGUCGAUUCGUACGGCAGAAAUGGAGUAUGGAAAUUGGAAUCUGAAGCCGCAGAGAGAGACACCUUUUGCGUCUCUUUUGUGGAAUACAUACCACCUCAAAAGUACACCACAAAGCUGGAGAGAGCCGUAAUGAAACUCAAAAGUUAUCCUAAUAUUCGCGUUGUGAUACUUUGGCUCGUAGAUCUUUACGGGAGGCAAUUUCUGGAGAUAGCCACAAGAGAAAAACUUUUUGACCGCACUUGCGAAGCCUUGGCCACUAAUGAUCCAUCAGUUGCAGUUUAUGCUGUUGCUCAUGCUCUGCAUGACAUGGAAAACUGUUCUGCAACGCAAUGCAAACCUCUUUGCAAAUUAGACCAGAAGGGGCUGGAGAACUUUCUUCGCCGUGUGGACUUCCAAGGACUGACUGGAUGGGUGAGAUUUGAUCAGAGCGGGGAUCCUCUAACAUCCUCCUUUGAUAUUGUGCACCUCCAGUAUCGCAACACACCGCUGGUAAAGGCUGCAAAUCUUGAAUUGAGCUUGAUUCUGCUGUUCGCGAUCGCAAUGUCCUUUUCUGUAUCUAUUACAUCACUUGCCAAGCGUACAAGCUUCGUAUGCAGAUUGGUUUACUGCUGGCGUCCCUUGGUGCUUGCAACAUUCAUCUCCAUCUUGACAGUCAAAACUAUCAAGAUUCUCAGUGCAUUUCAAAUAAACGUUAUAGCAGAAUGGUUCAAAAAAUGUAUCUCAACCAGAAAGAGUCAAACACUUCUCACACUGGUACUCAUCGCUGUUCCUGCUGUGUUCAUAUCCUUAUGGAUUGCUUUGGAUUCACCUCGUCAACAGCGAAUCAUACGGCCCAGUGAAAGUAUCGUUUUCCUUGUGUGUUCCCUCCACCAACUAUUGACUGGACAGAUUCUACAAAUUGCGAUCUCUGUUUACAUAGUACUUCUUGCAGUCAUCUGCACUUUCUACGCCUUUAAAGCAAGGGCGCUACCGGAGAACUUUAAUGAAGCAAGAUUCAUUGGAUUUUCUAUGUACAUAUUACUCCUUUCGUCUGAGACAUAUCUUCCCAUCGAUAUCGGUAUCGAAGGUUCCAUUGCAAUAAACAUAACCUGCGCAUUGAUCCUUUUGAGCUCUUAUGGAAUUUUAAUCUGCAUGUUUGGUCCAAAGAUCUACGUGAUUCUGCGGUUUUCACCCAAAGCCAUCAGCCAUCAGAGUUUCUUUUUAUCGGCUCCCGCCAUCAUCAUCUCUUAUUUCUAUCGGCUCCCGCCAUCAGCUGGCAAAGACGACAAUCAAUUCUAUCGUCGUUGGUGA